GCUCGGUGUGCCGCGGAGAGAGGACGGCUCAGAGGAUAUCUGUGGACUCCAGGAAACACGCAGCCGGAGGAUAAUCACAGUGUCUGCAUCUGCUUGCUGCUUCUUCUGACCCGAAGAUACACAUUUCUGAGACUUCUUUGUGCCCAACAAAUUGAGAGCAAUCAAAGCUCAGACCCAGGUCUGUGUGAUAAACAUGGGAGACCCGAGAUCAGUCCAGCCCCUGCUGCCCCUGCUGCUGCUCCUGACGCUCCUUGCCAGGCUGUCACAGCUGUGGGCCUUCCCCUUCAGCCCAUCACUGGACCUGGAUGUCACUCCCAGGACGACUGUCUUCUCCAAAGGUCUGUUGGGCGGCGCCCGUUUCACCGGCUCUUCCAGGAACUACAGCACCCUCCUGCUGGAGGAGGAUGCCGGGCUGCUGUUCGUGGGAGGCAGAGGAGCCCUGCACGCGCUCAACACCACCAACAUCUCCACGCCUGCAAACCUCACAAUUGAUUGGGAUGCUUCCCCUGAACAGAAGAAGCAGUGUCUAAACAAAGGCAGAGACAAUCAGACGGAGUGCUACAAUCACAUCCGCUUUCUGCAGAGAUUCAAUGAGACUCACCUGUACGCCUGCGGAACAAACGCCUUCAGACCUCUUUGUGCUUACAUAGAUGCAGAGCGGUUCAGCUUCUCCUCAGGCUUCGAGGAGGGCAGAGACAGGUGUCCGUAUGACCCAGCAAAAGGAUACACAGGGCUCCUCGUAGACGGCGAGAUGUUCACAGCCUCUCAGUAUGAGUUUCGCAGCUCUCCAGACGUGCGCAGAAACUUCCCCUUCCCCACACUCAGGACAGAGGAAGCUCCCACCCGAUGGCUUCUGGAGGCAGAUUUUGUUGGCUCCGUGCUGCUGAAGGAGAGCAUCAACAGCUCUAUCGGCGACGACGACAAGAUUUACUUCUUCUUCACGGAGAGAAGUCAGGAGCAGAUUGCCUACCCGAGCCAGACCAAGGUGUCCAGGGUUGCCCGAGUCUGCAAGAAUGACUGGGGAGGCCAGAGGACCCUGCAGAGGAAGUGGACAUCCUUCCUCAAGGCCAGAAUGGUGUGUUCGGUCCCAGAAUAUGAGCUGCACCUCAAUAUCCUGCGCAGUGUGUUCGUCCUGCAGGGUCGAGAUGCUCAAAGCAGCAUUUUCUACGGCGUCUUUGGCCUGGAAUGGAAGAAUAUCAAAGCAUCUGCUAUCUGCCAGUACGCCUUCUCAGAUGUGCAGAAGGCUUUCGAGGGGCCAUACAUGGAGGUGCAGGACACAAAGUGGAGGGAGUACACGGGGAAAGUUCCAGAACCAAGACCUGGAUCUUGUAUAACAGAUGUGCACAGGUCCCAGGGCAUCAACUCAUCUCGAGACCUCCCAGACAAUGUCCUCACCUUUGUCAGAAGGCACCCUCUGAUGGCCAGCCAGGUGCACCCGAUAGGGGUGCGCCCACUCAUGUUCAAGAGGAGUGUCAACUAUGUCAAGAUUGUCGUGCACAAGGAGCCAGCGCUGGAUGGAAACAUUUACACUAUUCUGUUUUUGGGAACGGAUGAUGGCUGGCUGCACAGAGCUGUAGACAUCGAUGGAGAAAUGCACAUCAUAGAAGAGCUGCAGCUGUUUGACAAACCUCAGCCCAUAGAGAGCAUGGUCUUAUCCUCUGCUCUGCGGAGCAUCUAUGUCGGCUCCCACUCUGGAGUCGUGCAGGUACCAAUGUCCGCCUGUCAGAGGUACACUUCCUGUUACGACUGCGUGUUCGCCAGAGAUCCUUUCUGUGGCUGGGACGGGAGGACGUGUGUGGAAAUAUCUACACGUGCACAGAGGUCAAACCUAACCCAGGAUAUCUUGAAAGGAGUCAGGGGCUGCAAGGAGAAUUCAGGAAAUGUGGUCCAUCGGAGGAGGUCUGUGAUGUCGGGUGACGACGUGCUGCUCCAGUGCGAACUGCGCUCCAACCUGGCAACUCCACGCUGGACACUAAACGGCAAAGAGCUCCAGGGAUAUGGCCUCAAUUCAGGCUACCGCAUCGGCACAGAUGGCCUCCUCAUAAUCGGAGCACGUGCCCAGCAGAGCGGGUCCUAUCGCUGCUUUGCUGUGGAGAACUCCGUCUCAGUCCUGGUUUAUCUCUACACAGUCAGGGUGCACACGGACUCCUACUUCCCCGUGGAGCCCACGGACUCGACUGAUGCCACUACAGUUUCCAGCCCGACUGUUUUCUCCACCACCAGCAGCCCCACUGAGCAGCCUCUGCCCUCACCUCCCGCCCCGCUGCCUCCAGGAGCUGAGUUCCAGACCUACAGACACAUGGAGGCCGUGUACAUCUCCCUGGUGGCAGUUCUCGGGGGGCUUUGCUUGGUGUUGACUGUGGUGCUGCUUUAUGUGAGCUUCUGCACCAGGCGGGCCUCUCACGACCGCAAGUUCUCCCAGCAGGGGCUGCAGGUCCUGGGGGCAUCUGAAAGAAAAAGGAGCUCCCUUCUUGAGCUUAAAACCAUCUCUAGCCACUGCAACGGCCGCCAGGGUCGCCGCUCCAUCUCGGUGCCGACCUUCGGGGACAUGGGUGAUGGCUUCCUCCAGAUAGUUCCAGGUGAAGGCCAGUUCUCUCCGUGCAGAACACCUCCCCCAGCCCCUCCUCUUCCUAUGCCACCGCCGCUGCCCAACAUGGACUACGCCAACGGGCUGUCGGCAACUCUACCCAGUGUGCUGAGGAAGAUGAACGGGAACAGCUACGUGCUGCUGAGGCAGGCCGACCACGACGGCAUGUCGCCGCUCUACCACUCCUUUACAGAGGAGCUCAACAGGAUCCUGGAGCAGAGGAAACACACACAGCUGGACCUGCAGCCUGACGAGAGCUCCAUCUAGGACGCCCCUCUCAGUCUUUGUCGCAGUUAUUUAUUUUUUGACCCCGACGGUUAGUUGUGGGGAGAACUGACUGUUGUAUCAAACGCUGUUGUUAUUUACCCAGUGUCAGAGUACCUGCAGGUCGUGUCCUCACCUGAUCUGAAAUGUGAAGCCUCUUGUGUCUCCCAUGACUAAAUGGCCCAUGAUUUCACUUCAAUAACAGACUACACUAAGCAGAGAUUGCUCUUUGAAAAGGUGGAGCUGUGAAAAUGUGACCAUGGACUGCACUGUAGACUCUCUGGAGGCCUGUGAUUAAAGAUGGUGGUCAGAUGACACAAAGGUGCAAAGUGGGACACAAAUAUAAGUCAGGCCAGGAGGUGAUCACGUAUUAAUGACUGUGGAAGUGUUCAGGAAGUUUUUAGAGCUGCGUAAUGAUUGCAGUCUAUAGAGCAAUAUGAUGUGAUGCUCCACCCAAAAUCUGUCUAUUGGGCAUUUGGCUACACUUCAACCUGAAAGCAUGUUGCAAAUUUGACAUGAGGAUGUUCCUUCACUGGUCUAGGAGAGAGCAGGUUUGACUCACCCGUAGAUGAAGGACUGGACUCACCAUGCAAAGUAGCUGUUUCGGCUGUGAGGCCCCCUCUGAUUUUGGGCAGAUGUUGGCAAUUAAGGUUCUUUUAUGGGCAAAAAAAAAUGCAUCCUUUUGGGAUGAAUUGGCUGACAUCCCACCUCCAGGUGUGUCCUGUCAGUGGCUAAUGAGGAGACAUCCCCUUUCGACCCCACUCCCAUGUGUGACUUCAGAGCUGACUCUCCAGUCUCCACCCACAAACACACAAAUCUACCAAACUCAAGGACUACUAGAAGACUUAUCAUAACUUUUUUUUAAUGAACAUAUCUUUAUUAGCAUUUUAGGAGUCGUCACAAAACCAUACAGUGACACGAGUUGCUCCCCCACCUCCAGGGCUUUUGAGCUCCUCAUCCAAGGUUGAAAAUUUAGGAUGACAACAGUGACAAUAAAAACACAUAGCAGUAAAUAAUAAGAAUGAUAAGUUAAGAACAUAAGUGUGUAUGAGUCAUUGCAGUGCAUAAAAAGCAGCUGGGAGAUUUUCAAAUGUCUGUUAGAAUGGAGGAUUCAAUGACUACAUUGUAUUAAUCAUCUCACCCUGGUUGUCAUUCUGGGGAAAGGGAGGUCAGGCUCUUAACAUAAUUGAUCAGGAGCUGCCAGUUACUAUAAAAUUUGGCUGUCGAACCUUUUAUAGAAUAUGUUAUCCAUUCCAACUCCAUAAAAGACAUUGUAUAAUGCAGCCAUGAAACAGGUGACGGGGGCAGCAGUUUCCUCUAAAUUUCCUGACAGGUUAUUAAAGAGGUUAAUGAGGUUACUUUUGCUUGCUUUGUGGAUAUAUUUUUGUCAAUCUUAGGUACACCAAGUAUUGCAAUAUGUGGGGAUGGUUAUAUUACUUGUUCUAAUAUCGGUGGUUUUCAAACAUUUUAUGCCCUGGGCAAAAUUUAAGGCACACCUGUAUUUAUAUCUGUGCACAACGUGUGUUGUCCCUUUUAUCAUGAUAUAAGAUAAUAAUAACUAGUGCAUACCCAUUGGCAGCUUUGUCACCUUCUACCUAUGCCAGUCCUCAAUGCCUAUGUGCAGUUUCACAUUGAUUGACCACGUCAGUGAGUAGAAAAACGUGGGACAGACAGAAUGACUGACUGACAGAAUGACACACUGACAGUACAGCAUACCAUACCAUGACUUAGUCAUACCAAAAAUUAGAAAAAACAACAAACAUUGGUCCACAGGGGGAGCCACAGCGAUCGGUCGCAUUUUAGCCAUUUUGAAGCAUUUUUCUGUUGUUAUAGCGCCACCCAGUUGCCAAUUAGAGUUAAAUUUCUCCAGUCACCUUGAGGCGUCCUGUUCUACAUAUCUACCAAGUUUAGUAAAAAUCCAUAUGGCGGUUAGGCCUAGAUAAGAAAUGAGCUCUCUAGCGCCCCCAUUUUGUUUGAUGGGGUCAAUAAUGGAGGGGUCCCCUCAGAUUAUGUGUGGUCA